AUGAAAGCUGCAUAUAAACAAGCUGAUGGAACAAAGAUUGAUAAGAGAAGAGUGCUUGUCGAUGUUGAACGAGGUAGAACAGUUCCAAACUGGAAACCUCGUCGACUUGAUGGGGGUCUAGGAACAACCAGGAUUGGAGGUGAAGAUGUAAAUAAAAAACAAUUGGGGAGGGAAAAAUCCCGUGAAAAGGGAAGAGAUAGAGAGGGUGAUAGGGAGAAAUCUCGUGAGCGAUCUUAUGAGAAGCCAAAGGAUCGUGAUGAACCGGAGGAUGAAGUGAAGGGAUUGUAUGAACAUGAAUGUCGUCGACGACACCAUAAGCACUACGAAAAAGACUAUGAAAAACCAGACAAUCAUAAUCAUGGGCGUGGUGGUGCGCGAUAUGAACAACUAGAACAAAUUGACGAGGACAAAGAAAAGAUUAGGUGA